AUGCGCGGCGGCGGCAGCGCCGGUGCCGACAGCGGCGCGGCCGCGCGCGCGUCCUCAUCGGGCGGCGGCGGCAGCUCGGCAGUGUCAGCCGCGGAGGACGCGGCAGAGUGGGAGAUCGACGCGUCGGAGAUUGAGCUCGGGCCGCGUAUCGGCAUUGGGUCAUACGGGGAGGUGUUUCGGGGCUCCUGGCGCCACACGGACGUCGCUGUCAAGCGGUUCCUGGAGCAGGAUCUUUCACCGCAGCUCAUGGCGGAGUUCAGGGCUGAGGUGGCGCUGAUGCAGCGGCUGAAGCACCCGAACGUGGUGCUGUUCAUGGGGGCAUGCACGCAGCCGCCCAACCUCUCCAUCGUCACCUCCUUCAUGCCCCGCGGCUCCCUCUUCCGAAUCCUCCACCGGACGCCAAACUUUGUGCUGGACGACCGGAGGAGGAUAAAUAUAGCACUGGACGUGGCCAGGGGCAUGAACUACCUGCAUAGCUGCCGGCCUCCCAUCGUGCACAGGGACCUGAAGUCACCCAAUUUGCUGGUGGACAAGGACUACACCACCAAGGUGUGUGACUUUGGUUUAUCCCGAGUUCGACGGAGCACGUGGCUGUCCUCAAAGAGCCAGGCCGGGACGCCGGAAUGGACAGCGCCUGAACAGAGCUACAAUGAGAAGAGCGACGUGUACAGCUAUGGGGUGGUUCUCUGGGAGCUCUUCACUGGGCAGGUGCCCUGGCACGACAUGAGCGCCAUGCAGGUGGUGGGUGCGGUGGGUUGGGGAAACAUGCGCUUGGAGCUUCCCGAGGCAAUGCACUCCACCAUUGCCAGCCUUAUCAGGCGCACCUGGGCGGACCCAGCAGAGAGGCCCAACUUCAGCGAGAUCAUCGACACCCUCAAACCGCUGCAGCAUGCCAUGGCAGUCUCCGGCGGCUCCACCUCCCUUCCAGUUGUUCGCGACCCCCAGACAGCUGCUGCACCUUGA